GAUUUCCUGGUACGCAUGGGUGAAUGUCUAUAUCGUAUCAGCUAGUAACCUGGCGUCUUGCUAAUAAUUUUAUAACCCGAAGCAGUGCCUGGUCGGACUUUCCGAGUUCUUCUGGAUUGACAGUGUGACAUAAAUUUUACUGGCGUAUUGCUUACCCACCUGUAGGUGUGCUAUGCAAAAGAUGACGUAGCAACACGCAACAAAUUCAGACCAGUUAUUUAUCAUGACACACCUUUCAAGGACCAUAUGGAAUCGAAUUUGGGAUUGUCUACCCGAACUAAUUCCGCAACCGCCGCCAAGAAUUCAGGACUUCGGUGAUCUACCCUACUUCCAUCCAUGCCGCCUAGGAAGGCGAGAAAAACCCAGUCGGGAGCAACUGGAUUUGACAAAUCCAGUAUUCUUCCCCGUUCGAUCCUCUUUACCGCGAGAAUCCCUAGGAAACCGAUCAGGCGAAGUUCCAAUGAGUAAUUAUAGAUGGCUGUUGAACAAAAAGUUCACUUGUGUGUGCAUGUGGUUCGGAGUGAUUUGUUUCAUUGUCGGAGUCAUUGCCCUGCAAAUUGCCAGCUUUUUCAAACACGAGAAGUCAAACAUCUUGUCAGCCGGAGUCGGCUGUCUGUCUGCCAGUUUCUGCCUGCUGGCUAUUUCCAUGUGCACUUUCCUCCAUGCGCAUCUGAUCAUCUAUGACUGGGAUCCGGAUAAACACCAUCCGAAUAGUCAGUCGAUGAAUCUUUGGCCGUCUGCCACCGAAGGGGAGCAUCAGUUGUCAGUAACCGACGAAGCUGAGCCUGGUAUCAGCAAGGUGGAACGGAGUGUGAGGUGAGCACGUGGUCAGUGUGACAGACUGAACUGCAAUACCCACCGGGCUACAAUUGCUCACAAAUGUAUUUCCCUUGACCGUUUUUCCCCACUUCAUGUCAGUGGCACUGGCCACCCUAACUUUUACCGAAUGCUACAUGCCUUUUACUAUUGUUAUUAUUGUUAUUGCUGUGACUACUCUUUGAUUAUUUGUUCCAAAACCGACAACACACUUGCAAUUUGCUGGUUUAUUCAAGCAUUACUCUGGGCCCA